AUGACCAAGAGCUACAAAGACGCGUCUAAAAUCGUUGAUGAGAUGGAGACCGCUGACGUACCCUCACUGGAGCAGAUAGUUGCAUACAGCGACCUGCAGUACGCGAAGGCCAAGGCAAUCUGGAUGCGGAGAUACGUCGAAGCUAUACGGGUAGAAAAAACCGGUCGAGAGAUACACCAUAAGCGAUUCUUCCUGAAAGGCGACCACAAGAUUCGACUGAAGUUCCUAGAGAAGAAGAUGGUCAAGAGUAUUGAUGUCAUGGAUGCUCUCGAAACGCGCGCCUUUGACCUACAAUUCGCGAAAAAUCCUGCAUACAACUGGAUCAAACCGUUCCAGGCACCACGUACUUCUAACCAUAAGGAAGAAGUGGAUAAAUCUAAAGGGGUCUCGCUCUCGGACGUCCUCACUCUGUCGGAAGAUAGCAAUGCAACCCCAGUAGUACAGGCUCCUGCAGAAGAAAGCGAAGACGACGACCCCAUCGAGUUGGUCUUGCGAGCUGAGAAACGCGAAUAUCUCGGGACCUAUCGACUCCUUCGGGAGAGCAGGGAGGCUUGGGUUGAGCGCAUCUCUCCAGAAGAUCGCAACAACGCUGACGUAUUGAGAGCAUUGAGCAUCAAGCGAGACGCAAUCUUGCAAUUCGCCCGGCGCGUCGUUCUACACGAUCCCGCGCUCUUGUUGAAGGCAGAGGGAAAGGUGUCCUUCAAUGACUUGUUUUUGGACCCGAGUUUCACCCUGGACGACUUCGAGAAAUUUGAGAGAGGGCAGCAGCAGGCAGUGGGGAGAGGAAUGAUAUGGUGGAAAGAUGCCGUUCUCGAUGCCCUUGCGAUCUGGCCAAAGGCAGGCAAGGCAGGCACAGCGGCGAACCUUGGUCGUCUCGGUGAGUCCUGUCAAUGUCGAUGUGUCAGUUGGCUGGCAGGCGCCGCAUCUUACUGUGAUCCAGAGGAUCGGUUCAAGAUUGUCGGAGGAUGGGUUUUCAAAGACCGGCACCAAAAGACGAUGUCGAAAGAGGGCUGGUAUACUUUUAUGUCGUUUGGCACAAUCGGCAUGGUCCCGCCACCGUCAUGGUGCGCAGAAUACGACGCAGAACUCUUCAGGCUCGUGCUGAGCUUCUGCGGCGUUGUCCUUGGUGACAUCGUGGGCGCAGUUCGCAAUAUCGGUCCAAUGCCGACUAACCGCAAAGCAUCACGAAGAGGACAUAUCAAAUGGUUCGAAGUGAGCAGAAGGGUGUAUACGUUCGGAGCGGUCCGAAACGAGCCACAUGCACUCACCGAUGCCUUUUUCCGGGAGAUACGUGCUCGCCCUGACAAGUUUGUCGUCAUUACCCGUUCUGAGACGGAUCCGGGGCAACAAAUAGAGCAGUUCGGCGGCGGCAACGAUGAGACGUUUUAUCAAUAUAGAACACGCACUUUCGAAGCGCCUUCGACGCUAGGCACGCCCACAGCGCGUACGCGCACUGUCUGGAACAUUAUGCGCUCAGGCAAGGACGUAUUCUACGGCACGGGUGAGCCUAUCAGGGUACCUGGGGCUCCGGCGGAGAGCCUCCCGUCGAUCAAAGGAUAUCUGACCGAGAUCGCUGCCGAAAGGAAUGGAGGAUGGCUCUUUUGGCUGAAGAAGGAUCGGUUCCACGUGAAAUACUUCGUGAUCAUGGCGAACGAUCCCGCAACAGAAGCGACGGAGUUGAUGCGGGACUUGUCUUGGGCAGCGCUUUGUGCGGCUGGGUACGCAAAGGGUGCAUUCACAAUGAGAACCUACACGGAGGCAGUGGACGCGAUGAUGCGCAAACGAUGGCCGGAGCUGAUGGGUUGGAUGCCCCCCGCUGUUGGAAGGUGGACUGUCCCGUCAAUCAUGGAACAGGCGAAGAAAGACGGCGUGGACGCCUUCAUGGACAUGGCAGAUCAGCUGAAUUUGGAUGUAUUGGUGAGUCAUUACGACUGA